UCUCGUCCCCACUGAGAGCUGGUGUGUGGGGAGAGCACUGGUGCACUAUGGCUGCUGUUGCAUCAUCCACGUGAAGGCGAAACAUUGGUGGGGAGCGUGGGAUUUAUUAUGACCUCUUAAGUGCUUUGAGUGGAGUGUCCAGAAAGGUGCAAAGAACUAAUACCCCAUGUUCUCUUGCAAAGGGGUGCUGACAAGACAAGCUGAUGUAACUGUUGCCAGGUCAAAAACUGGAGGUGGGGCUGACUGAAAGGAGGGGGACGCUUGUUACAAUAUCGGCAGGACAUAACCCGUGACCUGUGUUGUGUGUUGUGUUUCCUGGGGCAGAGGAACGCCAGAGGUGGCCUAGGAGAUCGGAGACAGAGACAGAGACAGGAUCGUGACACUUCAGUCCGUCUCUCGCCGCUGACCAGAGAGCCUGGGGCAUGGGCCGCCCAUCGCACUGAGAAUGGAGUCACCCAUGGAGAGUGUCCCGACGCUCUCUAAGCCCCCUGUUGCCUCCCCCCCUCCUUCUCCGUCCCAAGACAACAGCCCCGAAGAUCCCCCCAUUUCCCCUUUAACCGUCCUCUCUCCAGGAUACCCCCUAUCCCACUCCCCCUCUCCCUUUCCGGAUGAUGACGAAGAAGAAGAUGACGACGAAGAAGACGAAGAAGAUGAGGAUGAUGACGAAGAAGAAGAGCCUUCUGUUCCUCCCUCCCCCACCCCAGCUGUCGCCCUCUUCCUGGGCGGAGCCGAUCCGGGCAGCCCGAUCCCGGAGGAGAAUGAUUCCGAUCCUCUCCCUUAUUCCCUCCCCAUUUCCCAGCCGCCCGGUCCUGGCGCGGACCGGAUCCUGGGGUUCGGGGCUCUGGAGGCGGCCCUGUCCGAGGCCCAGGACCCCAGCCUGAGUGACGAGCUCGACCUGCAGCUGUUCCACAACGGGCAGAGGGGAGACAGCGUGGCGCCCGCGUUCCGCUGCGAGACCUGCGGCCAGCGCUUCACCCAGUCCUGGUUCCUCAAGGGUCACAUGCGCAAGCACAAGGACUCGCUGGACCACAAGUGCCAGGUGUGCGGCCGGGGCUUCAAGGAGCCCUGGUUCCUCAAGAACCACAUGAAGGUCCACCUGAACAAGCUGGGGCUGAAGACCGGCGGGGCCGGGGCUGGGGCCGGAGUGGGAGCCGGGCCGGGCGAUCCAAACCAGGCGAUUCAGAACCAGGCUUUCGGGGCCCUUUAUUCUGGGCUCCUGCUGGCCAGAGCCGGCGGUGGAGGAGGAGGAGGAGGAGGAGGAGAGAGGGAGGCCUUGGCGAAACUCUUAGGGGCUGGAGCCGGGGAUUGUGGGACCGGCGACGGCGGCGGUGGCAACAAGGCAUCGAUUUUGGGGUACCUGGGCCUGCCGGGGGAAGCGGCAGGGGGGACCAGCUGUGUGGAGAGGCUGCAGGCGGCUGCCCAUCAAGUAGCCGAAAUGGGAGCCAGUGCAGCGACAGGAGGAGGAGGAGGAGGAGGAAGAGGAGUGGCAAGCCAGGCAGCCGUAUGGCACCUGGUUGCCCGGAGCUUGGCGGCGUCCCAGCAAGCUCAGCAGCAACAACAGCAGCAGCAGCAGCAGCAGACAAGGCCGAAGCUCCAGAAGAAGAGCUCUGUGGCCGGGGAGGCCGAGCAAGUCCGCGCCUACCUGGGGGGGCUGGUGUCCAGGGAAGAGCACCUGGCCGCGUCUUCUUGGGAAUGCCCGGAUUGCGGGAAGCUCUUCCGCACCCUCCAGCAGGCGGUGGUCCACGCCAGGGUCCACGCCAGGGUCCACACCCAGCGGCCGAGGAAGACGAGGGAGCGAGAGAAGGAGGAGGGGGCGGCCCAGCCGGGGAAGAGGCGAGGGAGCGGAGUCGGAGGGCUGGAGUUCGGGGCGCAGAGCCACCCCAAGGCUGGAGUGCUACAGGAGCGAGGAGGAGGAGGAGGAGGGGGCGUAGCCGGAAAGAUGGCUGGGUCAUCUGGAGGAUAUCAUGCUGUGCUGACCCAUUUCCAAGCGGAGAACGGGCUCAGGGGGACGCCUGCAGCCCCUGCCCCGGCCCCGGGCCCGGCCCCGGCCCUGAGGGAGCGCGUGCGGGGCACCGGGGGUAAGGACUGCCCCUACUGCGGGAAAACCUUCCGCUCCUCCCACCACCUCAAAGUGCACCUGCGGGUCCACACAGGAGAGAGGCCCUACAAGUGCCCACACUGCGACUACGCCGGCACCCAGUCCGGGUCUUUAAAGUACCACCUUCAGCGCCACCACCGGGAGCAGAGGAACGCCGCCGCGGCCGCCGCCACCACCGCCACGGCCGCGGCCGGCUUCCUGGAUGACCACGCCUCUCCCAGGGCGCCUCAGUCCUUCUCCCUGGCCCACCGGGAGCCGUUCGGGAGGCCGGAUUUCGCGGGGCUCGGGGGGGCGGGCGGCGACUCCCCCAGGAACAGCAGCCUCUCGCCCCACCAGCAGCAGUGGCAGGCGGGGUCCUCGAGCCGCAGGAAGCGGAAGGAGGCCCGCCGGAGCCCGCGGGAGGUCCCGCAGGAAGGGCUGCACUGGCUCGCGAUGCCGGAGACAGAGAAAGGAGGAAGCGGAGGAGGAGGAGGAGGAGAGGAGGCCUUCCCCGGCUUCCAGAGCUGGGCCACCGAGGGGCCGCGAGUCAAGGUGCCCAAAUCGUCCCGCCGGAAACCGCUGAGCACCAGCAAGUUUGCUUCGGCGGCCCACGCUAAUGGGAAGAGGGGCUGGCCGGGGGGGGGCUUUGAACCCCUGGAUCUCUCCCGUCGGCCUCCCCAGGACCCCGGGGAGGAGGGGGUGACGCUGCACCAGUGCCUGUUCUGCCCCUUCCGCACCUCCUCCGCCGAGCUCAUGGCUAUGCACCUGCAGGUCAACCACACCAGUAAGUCCCGGCGCAAGGACCGGGGGAGAUACCUGGGAGGGUCAGUCGCAACCCAGAGGGAGGCGCUACCCCCCUGGCCGGGACAGGGCCCGGGAGGAGAUUUCUGGGCUGACCCCUUGCUGGGCAUCCGCAAUUCCCCCACGGAGGAUUUGAAACGCCUCUUGCUGUCUGAAACGGGCCUUCCCUCCCGCCCCCGGAAGAGAGCCACUGCCAAUGGGAUACUUCCGGAGGAAAGUGGCACAACAGCCCCCAACAGUACCCCCCCGGAGAGAGAUCAAGCACCCAGGGAUCCGACCGCAGGAGAGUCCCAAGGAAUGGAGUUCGAGGAUGGGGAUGGAGGACGAGAGGAAGAGGAAGAGGAGGAGGAGGAGGAGGAGGAAGAGGAAGAGCGGGAGGCACAAAGCAGCCAGAGCAGCAGCACUGGGGAGUCUCCGUCUCAGGGAGAGAGGAGCCCUCCAAGUCCAGUCCUGCCCCCAGAGAACCAUCUCUCUCUGGGUUUUGGGUCAGGAGAGUUACCAUCGGCGAAAGAAGACCAGAGCAUCGGGGGCGACUAGUCGGGUCUCUGGAGGGAGACGGGACAAGCGAGGUGGGGUGAGGGAGGGAAGCUGUUAGGGGGGAGUUGUAGGCAGGGAGGAGGAAUGGUCACCAUGCUCCCUUGUGGAUUAUCUACUCCGCUUCUUAGCUGCCUCUUGCAGACACUCCUCCACGCCACCCGGAUCCUGGGAAACGACAGUGACGACUGGGAGGGCUCUCCCCGGCCACUGGUUUCAGCUCACACUUCCACUGCCCUCACCUGUCCCAAGAGCCUCUGCACAACUGGAAGAACCCUGCCUACCCUUCAGAUUAAUUACCUCCAUAUUACGGAGGAGAACCGUCAAAACCCUGCAAAAGCACAGCGCUACGAGGUUGGCUGGCAGGAGCUUGCUUGGAUGAAUUGUGGCAAAAGCCAUGACGAAUCAAGAGAUUAGUGAGCACCAAUUAAACAUUGCCUAACCUUCCAGAACGGCAGAAGAGGUUGUUUCCAAGAUUUGGAGGUUACCCCGACUUUUCCAGAAAACUGGGGGCUCUCCAGUUCCUUUGGGAAGAGGACUCCUUAUGCCAGCUUCUUGCCGGAUUCACAGGACUGUUUCACAGUUACUCUUAUUCACAAGUUAUCACUUUGCUGGCCAUUUAGCUUAAGCUUUUGAGCAGAGGCCAUAGUGCCAGUUCCUGCCAGUCAACAAAAGUCCUAGUUUGGGUGUUCAGAGAGUCCUUCAAAAUCCAUAUUCUCCACCAGACUUCCAAGUAAAAACCACAAUUGCCUAAACCUGAAUUCUGGAGGCCUUUUUGGUGAUUUCUGAGUUUUCCUAGUUUCAUUUAGUGUGAAACCAGAAAUGUGUCCCUCUUUCUCCCACGCCCUCCUCCUCAUCGUGUCGGCAUUACAGGUGACAGACAGUGCCUUGAUCUGCAGAAUGCUAAAAUAUAUAUAUAUAGUUUCUUGUUCCAGUGUUAGAAUGUUGUUGUCUUCUGGAUAGCUUCCCUGUACAGAGACAUGUCCUUUUGUUUAUUUGUUUUUAAAACCAGUAAGCAGAUCAAUCAGACAUUGACUGGCGUUACGUUUCAUACAAUAUUAUGACAACGGUUCAAUUAAAAGGCAGCUGACAGCCCUCUGUCUCGUGGACAAAGGGAAACCCAUCCACAUUGUCCAGUCACUCCCUUGCACGGAUAAGGGAUUUCAGCCAGGACGUGCACAGGAUCGCCAUGUCCUGCUACGACAAUUUACAUUACAUUCAUUGUGAUUCGCACUUGCCUGACAACUUUGCGAUUUUCAUCGUUGAGCGUUGUAGUCUGUCUGGAUGCCUUGGGUUGAUUAAUACUGUCUGAAAUGGCAACCGUUGCUUCUACAGGGGUUAAAGAAGUAAAGGGGUUUUUGGAACUACCCACCCAACACACUUUCCAGGAGGGGAAGUCUCUUCCUUGCCCACUUCCCCUUCUGUCCCUUUGUAAAGUUCUGGAGGUCUUUGUGCUGAAACGACAGUUCCCGAGCUCUUCCUGCAUUUCAUUGUCACCCUGGGACAUUCUGAAAUCGGGGAUCUCCCUUCGAUGAUGCUAUCUGCCCUGAGAGAAGGAUGUACCUUCUGAGGUGAAGGCCAUCUUUCUGCAUCACCCUUGCUUGGCUGUGCCUCUGCCUCCACCCAAUGUAGAGCUGAAAUCUCACAGUGCUGGAUUUGCAGCAGCGUGUCCCUGAUGGGGGCAGCUCUCCAAGAUCAGAUCUCCAACAAUGACAGUGAAGUCCAAGUGGAAGUACGGAAAUGGCUUGGGAAACGACCACAGAGUAGAUCCAUAGCCUCGUUUUGGCUGUGAUUGCCACGGGGAUGUCUCUGGUUCCGAGUUCAACUAUAAAACAGUCUGGGAGCAGAAUUUCCCCGGUGAAGAUUCCUGGUUAAUUCUGGUAGAUGUUAGCAUCGGAUUUCUCAGGGUCAGAGCUGAUAUUUAUUGGAAAAAAACUUGCUUUACUCCGCUCAACAGUGAACGUCUAAGAGUAGUCAAGUGAUUACCUACAGAAUGUGAACUGUCCCCUUCAAAGGUUUGCUGUAAUAAUCUUGUCUCUACUGUUUUUUGAAAUGGUUGCAACUGGAAAGUGCAGGUCUUGACCUGUUGGAAUGGGAAACCUGUAGAUCCCAAUUAAUGAACUACUGGAACUUCCACUGGGUUUGGUGGGAUACCUCAUUGCUGGUCUCUCUCACAUUCACAUUGUUCUCAACCAGGCUAAAGGACACCGCAGGUGUCCUACCCUUUUCCCCAUGUACCGGAGAGAACCCACCAUGGAAACAGUAGGACGCCUGCCGUUUACCUGGGAAGUUGUCGGGAUAUGAACUCUGGGAAGGAAAAAUGGCAUCCCAGGUCAUUUCCUCUGCAGUAGCAAGACAUGGAGAGGUUCAACACUAUGUUUUGUUUUCUGACAUCUUUAAGGACAAGGGUUGAAGUGUUACAGAAAUGAAACAAGGGACAUUUUCUCUCGUUUACACUAAGUGCCAGUAUUUAGGACAGCAUCAAUGUACAUCAAAGGAAUCAAUAUUAAAAAAAAUACAUAAAGAGACUUUUGUUUUUUUUUGUUUUCUCAAAAUUAGAAAAUAAGCUGAGCAAACUGGAUUUUUCCCAAAGUACCCCCCCCCCACCCCCACACACACCCCCACGCAGGAGGAGAAAAGAGACUGGCGUGGUGGAAGAGGGGUUGAAAGGGUGAGAUUCAGGAAAUCAAGUUUUGGAAUUUUUAUUUCAAUAGAAAAACCCGAAACUCAAACAUUCCUUUCGGGGAAAAGAACGUAGUGCUGGCCAGCACUCGCGUGGCACUGUCACCCAGGGGUGCCGAAGCUAUAUUGUUCGUUUCUCCUUCUUUCUAGGUCUAUAGAUUUUGAAGAAAAUAAAUAAAAGAAAUGAAAUAUAAAACACUAACAAUAAAUGGAUAGGAACCCAGUAGAAAUGUGUAGCUUUUAAAAAAAAAAUGUCGUUUUUUUAUUUUAUAAUUUUUAUUAUUAUUAUUUUGAUAAAAUGUUAAUGUCAGCAAAGGAUAUUAAUAAUAAUUAUAAUACAUACAUAUAGUGAAGACUGUGGAUUGAAUUGUGUGGAAAAGCAAAGCACUGUGGGAGAUAUUUUCUUUCUCCAAAAUAGAUUUUUUCUUUGAAAAUGAGACCUGUCUACACAAGGAGUUGUUGACUUUCAGCUCGCUAGCAGCACCAAUUAAGGCAGUAGUGUUCUGUACCUCCUCGACCUUAAUGUUGUAUUUCCUGUCCUGUUGAGUGUUUAUUACUGAGGGAUUCUCUGCUAUCUCCUCUCUCUCCCUGUCUCCUGUCUUGUUGUGUGUGUUCAUUACUGAGGGAUUCUGUUAUCUCCUCUCUCUCACUGUGUCUCCUGUCUUCUUGUACGAGUUUAUUGCUCAGAGAUCCUCUAUGAUCUCCUCUCUUUCACUCUCCCCUGUCCUGCUGUGUGUGUUUAUUCCUGAGGGACUCUCUGUUAUCUCCUCUCACGCUCACUGUGUCUCCUGUCCUGUUUUUCGUUUAUUACUGAGGGAUUCUGUUAUCUCCUCUCUCUCACUGUGUCUCCUCUUCUGUUUGUGUUUAUAACAGGGAUUCUCUGUCACCUCCUCUCUCUUGGUGUGUCUCCUGUCCUAUUGUGUUUACUACUGUGGAGACUCACAGAUAUCAAUGGAAUGGAGCAGAGCAUAUGAGCUACUGCUUUAACCUGUAUAUAUACAAUGGUGCACCUUAUAAUUUUCUUCGUAAUGCCCAUGAAGUCAAUCUUAUUUCGGAUCAAUCAUGUUGUGUAGCGAGUAUUGUGCCUCUGAGAGACAAGAGGAUGAGAUCCAAACAGUUUCUCUCGCUCCUGAGCAAGAAUCUGCUUUCCUGCUGGGGAAGGGUUUAAACAAGACAACCUGUACUUCUGUCCAAAUCUGCAACAAAACUGACCAAGCGGUUAAGAAGCAAUAAAACUUUCAUUCAGUGCAGAAGCCAAGAGCCUCAGUGGGACACAGGCCCCUCUUCUGUUUUUUUAUCUCUGUGUGCGAGACCCACCGUUUGUCAAAGUUCAAAGUUCAAAGUUCAGGAGCUGUAGGCUGGGGGAGUCUUCAGUCGCCAGGCUAUCGAAGCAAGCCUGGUUAGCAGGACAUCCUUUUGAAGAUUCCAGCUCAGGGCGGUUCAGUCCCAGUCCUGUAGGGGGCGCUGUGUCUGCAGGUUAAAUCAACAAGCAGCCUCCGCAGAGCUGGGAGAGACUGUUGAACUGUUUCGCCUCCUCUGUGAUUGAUCAAGCCUGGUCCAGCGACCUCGGUCUCUCGCUGUGAGCAGGGAAACAGUGAGCGUAGAAACACUGUAGCUCUGUGCCGAGAAGAAUGUAUUCUUGGUUGGUAGUUUUCAUCGGACUCCAUUUUCGAAAAACUAGGGAGACCCGACAGGGGGGGUCAGACUUGCUGCAGAUCUUGCACUGGAGCGAUAGGAGCUGUCUGGAGCAGCUCCUCACACCUCUGCUGGUCAGUUCGGAGCCAGACAGUCAGGGAGCCAGACAGGACUUGAAAGGCACUGCCCUCAUCCCUCAGUUACCAGGAGCUCUUCAUCCCAAUAUGUAUAAUAGAGACUGCCUGGAUGCCACGUUGAGACUUCUAUUUAAUAGAAUAACUAUAUAACACAAUAUGCUGUAUCUUGUAAGUUAUAAGAUAUGGCUUAUUAUAAAUAUAAAUAUUUACAUCAUAUAUAUUCCCUGAUCAGAGACCUUGCCUAAAAUACCACAGACUGCUUGGAUCUUAUAUUACUGUAAUUUCUAUAUCGGAAUUAUUAAUAUUAUAAUUAAUCAUAAUAAUUGGGGGCUGACAUUGCACUUCCUUCCAAGAUCGCCUCUUGGCAUUCUGGCCUUCGAUUCUGUCCCUUUCUAAAAGAAGACAAAAAAACGACGAUUGUUAUGAUUGUUGUCUUGAAUAUGGGGGGAAAGACGUCGGUCAAUAACCAAAGUGCCUUCUUUUGCAAGCACUUCCUAGAGUCUGUUUCAUCAGUCGUUUAAAGCACUAGUUAUUUAUCGUCUGCUCGCUGGUCGGUUGUCCCCUCUCGCUCUCUCUCUCUCUCUCUCUCGCUCUGUGCCUCCUGUUCCUGUGCUUGGGCUGAUCCACGCAGGAGGCACGGGACAGGAGACACAGCGAGAGAGCCGAGACUGUACGGUAGAUACAGCAGAUUGUUACGAGAUCAACUUGUUAUUAACGCCUUUUAAUGUGAUGGGUCACGUGAUGGUUUUUUAAGGUGGUCAAUACUGUACUGUUCUUCUUAUUAUAAUUAUUAUUAUUGGCUGGACAUGUGUCUGUUGAAUGUUGUACAGAUAGCACUAGACCUGUCGUGUUUUCAAUGAGAUCACAGACCCACCAUUUGCUUUCCAAUCUCAGCACUGUGAGAGAAAAUGCCGGACACUAGGACGGUGAUCCCAAAUAUUGUCCAAGGUACUUAUUUUUCCCUACAUCUGGGACGCUUUUACCCCCCCCCCCAACUUGGAAUAUUUGCUGUCCAUUCAAGUUUGCAGUUACCAAUUCUUCUUAUUUUGGGGGGUUUCUACCCACCCGUCUGGGACAGAAUGAUGAUGUGAAGGCAAGAACUCCUGGCUCACUCCUGGGUCCUGGGUUUGAUUCUGGCCUCAGGCAUCUGUCCAAUGGGACAUUUCCCCCUGUCUGUGUGGGACUCUGGGGUUGUGAUGCUGUCAUGGCAAGGAAGACAUGAGAGAUGUCUGAUGGAGAGAUGAGAGGUGGCAACGUGACAAAGCAAUAGCGCACCUAGGUGACACAACGGAGCCAUGUUCUGCCUGGGGUGCUUUUCCUUGCCUGACAUGAUGUAGAUCACGAUUUCAUUCCCAGCUUUUCCAGCUUUUAGAACUUGGGGUUCCCAGCCCUGGUCCUGGAGAACACUGCCUUCUGAUUUUCGUUCCUAACGAGUAUUCCCAUGGAGUUUUCCUCCCAGCUCUCAGAGACAUGCUGACUAUGUUUGAAUGGUUGUGCCGAAUGGUCCCAGUCCCUCCUGGCAUGCCGUGCUCCCAGGAGAGACUCCUUCUUACCCCCAGAAUAAGCAGCUUGCAGAUGGUGGGUGGACGCGCCUUCUCGAUUUAAAAACCGCCAGUGGUUUUAAGACUUGGCUUUUUGACCAGGACUCCACUUUCUCACAGUAAGAGAAAGUGAAAACUGCCAGACAUGCUCCUCCCACUUGCAGGAAACAUUUAAUUCGCCCCCAAGCUCCACUGCGCCUCAUAGGAGAGUGAGGCCUGAUUGGAUGGGCCACACGUCCCUGCAGGCCUGGCAAGUCG